GACUUUUUUACAGAUGCUCAGUUUACUGCUCCAACUUUUCAUGACAGAGAUAGGAUGGAGAACAGAAUGGUUAACAAUCUGAUAUAUUACCAAACAAACUACUUUCUAUGUGCCAUUCUUAUCCUCAUUUUGGUUGGGUAAGUCGCAAUAGCUGACAGUUUUCAAGCGAGGUUUAGGGACAUUCGGACCUUUAUAAAAUAUUGGCUUAAUUUAUUUUAGUGACCUCAAGACAUAGUAACUGAAAGAGUUUUCGAAAUUUCUCUUGUUCGAGUCUGUUUAGUUGCUUGAUCAGAGCUUUGGCUUGCCCAGAAUUUUUGUAGAGCUGAGCAGGGACAUUGAUGUGGUCUGGGCCGUUCAAAACCCCACCAACCACAGGGCAUCCAGGCUCCUUAUGACGUCCUUUUGGUUCCAAAAACAUAUAAUAAGCUUAAGUAUUUGUAUGGCAGUUUAAAGUCGGUGGUAUAAAAAGUGACAAAUAACAGCACUAAAAUGUCAAGCACCGUCCAUUAAAGUUCAUUGACCUUAUAAGAUCGAUGUUAAAAUGAUGUUGUUUUUACAUCAUUUCUUAACCAUCAACACAGGAAAAAGUAACAGAUUCCCAAUAUCGUAUAUGUUAGCAUAUUUAAAGAAUACCCACAAAAAUCCCAAAUUUGGCAAAGUAAGUCAAGUCCCAACCAGGGAAUUGCCAACCAAGUUCCCCGGUUGGGACUUGUCUCACUCUUCCAAAUUUUGGAUUUUUGUGGGUAUUCUUUAAAUACCUUAAAAUAUCCAAAAAUGGGAAUCUUUUUAUUUUUUCCUGUGCAAGUAGCUGCUUAUCACGUCAGAGCAUUAUUUUCGUCAAGUAGUGAUUCUUUAUUAUUCUAUGAUAUAAUAUAAACCAUGAAAUAUCAACUGGUAAAAUAGGCAGCCGGGAGCUGUGAUUGGCGUUGUCUUUGUCCCACCUUGUCAAAUGGAAGGAGAUUUGCUGUUUAAAAGUGUGGGGAAUGUAGGCCUUAAUGGCCUGGACUCUUAAUUAGCCUUUGUUCUGAAACAAUAACCUAUUGUUUUGAAAUAAUAGUUAACGGUUCCAUUUAUUUUAAGAUGGCUUUUGCAACCCUACCAUGGGCAACCACAUGGCCUUGCAUGGGUCUUCUGUCCUUUUGAACCUACCCAUUCUGCUACCUUGCUCUCUUCUGUAAGCAGUUAUCCAACAGAACACUCAAACUAUUGGAAAAAAUGAAGUUUCCUUUAAAACAGAUCAAACACUAGCCUGGGACCAGGCUUNAUUUGUAUGGCAGUUUAAAGUCGGUGGUAUAAAAAGUGACAAAUAACAGCACUAAAAUGUCAAGCACCGUCCAUUAAAGUUCAUUGACCUUAUAAGAUCGAUGUUAAAAUGAUGUUGUUUUUACAUCAUUUCUUAACCAUCAACACAGGAAAAAGUAACAGAUUCCCAAUAUCGUAUAUGUUAGCAUAUUUAAAGAAUACCCACAAAAAUCCCAAAUUUGGCAAAGUAAGUCAAGUCCCAACCAGGGAAUUGCCAACCAAGUUCCCCGGUUGGGACUUGUCUCACUCUUCCAAAUUUUGGAUUUUUGUGGGUAUUCUUUAAAUACCUUAAAAUAUCCAAAAAUGGGAAUCUUUUUAUUUUUUCCUGUGCAAGUAGCUGCUUAUCACGUCAGAGCAUUAUUUUCGUCAAGUAGUGAUUCUUUAUUAUUCUAUGAUAUAAUAUAAACCAUGAAAUAUCAACUGGUAAAAUAGGCAGCCGGGAGCUGUGAUUGGCGUUGUCUUUGUCCCACCUUGUCAAAUGGAAGGAGAUUUGCUGUUUAAAAGUGUGGGGAAUGUAGGCCUUAAUGGCCUGGACUCUUAAUUAGCCUUUGUUCUGAAACAAUAACCUAUUGUUUUGAAAUAAUAGUUAACGGUUCCAUUUAUUUUAAGAUGGCUUUUGCAACCCUACCAUGGGCAACCACAUGGCCUUGCAUGGGUCUUCUGUCCUUUUGAACCUACCCAUUCUGCUACCUUGCUCUCUUCUGUAAGCAGUUAUCCAACAGAACACUCAAACUAUUGGAAAAAAUGAAGUUUCCUUUAAAACAGAUCAAACACUAGCCUGGGACCAGGCUUUGCAGUGGUGGAAAAAGGCAGAAAAACAUUGGAUCACUUUGAAGGCUUGCCAACUUUUUUGUUGUUUUACCCCAUUUUGCCUUUUUUUCUCACUAUGCAGAACCUAGUGCUAGGCUAAUCAAUCACGUACAUCUGUUCCUCUUGACCUUCCCCACACUGAUCUUUACUUCACUUUACAGGGUUAUGUAUCCAAAGGAUUUGAUGAUUGGUGCAGUCUACCUGGUGUCAACCUUCAUUUUGUUUGGAGUCGCACAGAGUCGUGAACCAAGAGUCGCUCGGAUCAAGCGUCGGUACCCCUUUUUGGUUCCUGCCUCUGUGCUUGGUCUUGCAGUGUUUAUUAUUUAUGCACUGAGAUCCAUGCUUGUUUUUCUUUGGGGAGUGAGUAUGCCUCUGGCAGGUAGGUGA